UCAUCUGGAUUUACAUGCUGACGGUAGCCAAGUUGUCUCCAAUGGUGGCUGACAAGAGGGUCUUCUUCUCCUCCUGUUAUGCCUCUCUCAGUCCCAUCUUCAUCAUCAGCUCCAAUAAGAAGGUCAAGAGCAAGUUGGUGUGUGCUGCAGCCGACCAAGAACAACCAUCAGCCAACACCCAGGACUUCAGUGACAAUAUCUCAAUUGUAACCCAAGCUCUGGAUAAACGUUAUUUCCUUCUGGGGCUAUUAUACCACAUGGAUGGUCUUCUUGUGAUUAUUUUGUGUAAUUAUGCCUGUGUAGUCUACUUGUUAUAGGCCUUCUAUUUAUUUGUGUAAAUCAUUGCAGUUUUCAGGAUUUUAGAUUGAACUAAUUUUAGAUUUAACUCAUUUAACUAGUGUGACAUGGUGUUUGAAACAGUAAGGGAUUUAUCAUUCUAUUGGACAAGCAGGAACUGUGAGGAUAGAUGACAAAUACAGUACAAUACAAUAAUGUGGACAAAAAACAACAGUGACAAAAAAUGUAAAUAGUUAUAAGUAAUGCUAUGGAAAUCAACAUAAUGUAAAAAUCUUUAUUUUACUAUGCAUUGAUGUUUAUUCUACAAGUCUAGAGUGGUAAGGCCUACACUCUAGCCGAGCUGUAACAAGUUAUUUAUUAUAAUGUGUAUUUUCCACAGACCACACGCGGCACAGAUUUGACAGUUCUGAAAAUUGUCAACAAGCAGGCUGAAAUGAAUCGGAUUAACCCGGAAAAAAAAUAAUCGCAAGAGCCAUGUCGGUGUGCAUUCCUAUGAAUUCGACUUGAAAUGCAACUGACAACGAAGUUUGCAUUUGGAAAAUCGUUUAAAUAACUGAAAUAAAAUAAAUUGCUCAUAAAUCUUUGCGAUUCCCGCAGUCGAGAUGCUGCUAGCUAGCUAGUUUACCCCGUCGAGCUACGCGCCACUCCUGGGCUGAAGAAAAGCUGGCGAGCUAACUUUGCUUAAUGUAGAGUUUCACCCGAAUACAGUAGGAUCAUUGUAUCACCUAUCUUCAACCACAUUAUCCUUUGGCUUUGGGCCUGGGUUGCAGUCAGAUCUUAUCUGCCACUGUGGCCCCUGCAAAAUGACCUGACACAAUCUUCAUCACAGUCAUAAAACAACAAUGGCAAGAAUAGCUUGGUAUCAAGAGAAGAUUGGUGCAUAUGAUCAGCAGGUCUGGGAGAAAUCUCUGGAGCAAGCAGAAUUUAAUGGUAUUGACAGUAAACCAAAGAGGUCUGGCCACAUCAAGACAGACCUCAUUGAUGUUGACUUAGUAAGAGGAUCCACAUUCAGCAAGGCAAAGCCAGAUAGUCCAUGGACAGCAUUGACUCGUAAGGGUCUUGUCAGGGUGCUCCUCUUCCCCUUCUUUUUCCAAUGGUGGAUCCAGGUGACCUCCAGGUCCAUCUCCACCUGUAUCCUGGUGCUCUACUUGAUGCAAGUGGCAGCAUCAGUGUUGUACAUGGAAGUUCCUGCAGCCAGUGCUAGUGAGCUAUUUGGGCCCAUGUGUCUGAUGUUGUUGCUGGGGACAGUGCACUGCCAGAUAGUGUCCACUGAGUCCAACCGGAGCCCCUCAGACAGCCCUGUGAGCAGCACCAGCCCUGCACGAAGGAGGAGGCCAAGGAAGGGUAGAGGAUUGAAGAGAACAGAAGGACAGGGGAACGAUGGGGACACUGAGCUGCAGCCUUGGCAGCUGGAGGAAAACCAGAGGUUAUACAGAUCAGAGGAGAGAAGGAACCACCAGAGAAAGUCAGGCUUUGGGGCCUCUGACGAACUUUCAAGUGAGGAGGAUGAGAAAGAAAAACUACCUACUGGUGUAGCUGGAACUAUACCUGCCUCUGUCCUCAGGAAGAGACGCCUUCACUCCUUCUCUAACCCCUCAUCACCUCAGGAGGAAAGUAGUGGAGGUGCCAUGGACACUAAGGUGAAACCUCAUGACGUGGAGCGCCUUAGGACCGAACUGGAGCGCCCGGCUUCUGACACAGAUGACACAAUAUGGGAGGAGCUUCUUCAGGGGCCUGACACCGCCUCCACUGGCAGUAGUGACAGUGAGGGGGACGGGCGAUACGGCCCUGGCCUGACCCUCCCCCCGUUCACCACUCUCAGCAGUGAUGAUGAGACCCUGCUGCAGGGCCAUCUAUCGUGGCUGCAGGCGUGCCACCCAUCCAGAGACCGGGUCAGUGUCAUCAUCUGGGAGCAGGGGGAGUGCAAGAAAGCAGAUAUGUCAGUACUGGAGAUCAGUGGGAUCAUCCUCACACGGGUGAAGGUGGUGGAGCAAGGCAUGGGUUACCUAGCCCUGGGGGGGUUGUUCACUGCCACACUGGCACUGCUUCCUUUUGUCUUCCGCCUGGCACAGCAGCUGGACAUGAAGCGCCUGAGCUCCCUGUCUCUGGUAGAGCUGGCUGUCAUGGUGGUGGGGCCGCCCAACACCCAGAUCUACGCCUUCUUCUUCAUCACCACCGUGGAGAGGCUUUGCCUCACCGGACUCUUCUUCUUCAUGAUGUGUGUGGCAGAGAGGACCUACAAACAGCGGCUUGUUUUCGCCAAACUCUUCAACCACAUCACCUCAGCACGAAAGGCUAAGAAGUGGGAAAUCCCCCAUUUCAGGCUGAAGAAUGUGCAGAACAUAAAGAUGUGGCUGUCGCUCCGCUCCUUCCUCAAGAGACGUGGGCCCCAGCGUUCCGUUGAUGUCAUCGUCUCCUCCAUCUUCCUCCUGGCCCUCUCCAUCGCCUUCAUCUUGUGUACACAGCUCCUGAACAGUCACCACACCUUCCUGGACUCUGAGACCAACUGGGAGCUCAUGGUGUGGGGUUCCUCUCUCAUCCUCUUCCUGCUCCGCCUGGCCACCUUGGGCUCCGAGACCAACUGUAAAUACAGCAACGUGUCAGUGCUGCUGACGGAACAGAUCAACUUGUAUCUUAAGAUGGAAAAGAAGCCCAACAAGAAAGAAAUGUUGAACAUAGUGAACAAUGUUCUGAAGCUUGCAACAAAAUUAAUGAAAGAGCUUGACACCCCCUUCCGACUGCUGGGUCUGACUGUGAACCCUCUUAUCUACAACAUCACACGUGUGGUCAUCCUGUCUGCAGUCUCCGCUGUGGUCAGCGAUCUGCUCGGCUUCAACAUCAGACUGUGGAAGAUCAAGCCUUAAUGCUAAACCACUAACUGUUGGACAAUGGAGACUGCCAACUCCUACCAUCCACAGCUUGCUAUCUGUGCAAAGUGUGCAAUUCUACUGAGUGAUCGCCUAUGCAUUUCAGUGCCUUCCCUCCCAGGAACAUUGAACUUUCAAUCACACAAUACCAUUGUGGUCAUACACAAGCAUGAACUCUUGACAAUGAAUGAUAUACACAUCCUUGACUACUACAUCUGCUGCAGCAGUUCCAGUAACCCAGUGCCUGAAUCUGGAAUGUCCCUGGACCUGACCACUUCCUGGCUCUCACAUGGAGAAACAGUAGCCAAUGGGUGCCUUCUGAACACUGAGAAAUUUGCUGGACAUUUGAAUGUAAACCAUUUUAAGACAUGGAGAAACUAUGGAAUAGGAAACGAAAAUUAACUAAUUCUUAUAAAAUAAUUGGACAUUCCAGUGUGGUUUGAUAUGUACAUGGAACAAAAAUAUAAACGCAACAUGCAACAA